AUGGCCGCCACCGAUGGGCAGAUUAUCCUGGCCGCGUCCCGAUUCGCACCCGACACAUCCCCAGUCUACCUGCGUGAGUUCGCUCGAACCGACCUCCCAGCGGUCGGGAAAAUCGUCAAAGGCCAGUACUACAGUCUCGGUGUGCCGACACUCUCAAACCCGUCGCUGCAAAGCACCGCACUGUUCCUGAACGCCGGACGCAAGUAUCAGAUCCUUGCGCAACCGGUCAAAAUCAAGGAGGGCCGCAAAAACACGCCCGUCGGCCCGAAAGUGCUCAUCCCCGAAACGUACCCGGGCUACUUCGAGCUGCUAAGCGAAGAUGGCCGCUCGACACGGUGCAUCGAGAGCGUCCUGGAGCUUUCCCGGCGGCGCAAUUUCCGCGUGCUCGUGCGCGAAACGGUGCGAUGCAACCACAACAGCAAGUCGCUGCACGCGGGCGAAAUCCUGACGACGGUGGCCGACAACGGGAAGUACCUGCAGUGCCGCACGUCGAAGGACGAGCUCGUCAGCCUGCCAUUAGAAGCCAAAGCGAAGUUCUCGCCGAUCGCGCGCGAGGACAGCAUCAGCGGGGUGCACACGGUGCGGAACUUGCUGCAAAAGCGCAUGCCGGUGACGGUCCGGCUGGUGCACGGGGCGGCCCCAAAAGGGCUCAAGCAACCGUUCGUGCCGGAGCUGCGGUUGCUCGGGUGCGUGGAGGUAGAUCGGAUAUUCGCGCUCCCGCUGCAGAAGGACAUGGAUCUCGUGUCGGUGCCGCUGAACGCGAAGAUCAAGAUCCAGCGGGCGAAGAAUAUGGAGCAGUUGGAUCACUUCAUCGAGUACUCGCGGUUUCUCGACAAAGCGCAACGAUUGCUGGUUGAUGCACGCGAUCGUUUGCAGAUCAUCGACCUCAAGUUGACGGAGAAGGAAAAGAAGGAUUCGGCAAAGGCGGCUGGUGGAGCGAAUGGGCGCACGAAAACGAUGGUUUCGACGCUUUCCGCCAGUGGGUAUGUGUUGAAGAAGAGCAGCAGUUGUGAUUCUGCCUCGAGGUACUCACCUGAGAUGGCUGGCGGUGGCAGUGGCAGUCAGAAUGGUUCGAUCGCGGACGAGUACGAUGAGAUCGAUCAGAUCUAUGAUUAUGUGCGCGGGUUGGCGCCGUUGCCGAAGAACCUGUACAAGUUUGAAGCGAUCGAGCCGGCUCCCGUCACCGGUGGUGGAGGAUCAUCACCUACGACGGCUGCAACAACACCGAUCUCACACGCACUGCUUGGGCCGGCAACGCAUCAACACAGCCUGAAAACGGUGGAAAACAUGAAAACGGCCCAAUCGAACGCCAUCAACAACAACAACAACAACAAUCACUACGACACGAGCAACAACAACAACUACUGCAACAUCAUCAAGUACUCGAACCAACCCACGCUACAACCCCAGCAGCAACAGUUGCAUGGAGGAUCGCAUCAUCAUCACCAUCACCAUCAACAACACGGGCAUCAUCAUCACGCGCAUCCGGGUGGGGGAGGUUACUCGAGUCAUCAACACGCCCACCAACAACACUCGAACAGUCUCGAGUCGUCAUCGCGGGCAGCUCUAAACGCCAUCAACAACAACAACAACAACAACACGAGCGCGUUGUCGGUGGAUCACAAACCGAUCCCACCACCGAUCGAGACGAUCCCCGGGAAAAAGCUGCCGGAAAAGCGCCAACGACCGACGCUACCGAAGCUGUACUUUAAGGGGGCGGUGGGUACGCUGCACCAGAAGAGCCCCACACCCGGCACGACCGCCAUUAGCCCGCUGAGUAAUGGUGGAACGGGUGGGACGGUGGUGCUUCAUCCACCGAUCGCUCUCACCCCGAAGGAGAUCGCAGUUGAACCGCAAAGUCCGCUGUUCCACAUCCGGUAUAAGAGCCUCAGCAGUUUGCAGCUAGCGGCGACGGGGGCACCCCCAGAUACGCCGCACCAAGCGAUCACACCGAUCUCACCCUCACCGAAAGGGGGCGCCACCAUCGGGCAGGAGAAGAACCAUUUGCUCGCGAAAUCCGCCAGCACGGCGACGGGUGGUGGGGGUGGUGUUGGAGCACGCGAGGGGACACUCGAUUCGUCACGCAGCGGUGGCCGGACGUCGGGGGAUUCGGGAAAGCUGCCGGAGAAAAAAUCCCGCCGGCUUAGCCGCCCCCGAAGCCUCUCGAAUCUGGUGUGGGACCUUCGCCCGCACAAGUCCUCCGGGGAGAAGUCGAAGAAGAAGCUCUACCUGCACCAGUUCGAUCGGCAGCAGGGUACGCUCUACCUGUAG